AUGAUUUCAACAAUCGGCACAACAACAAUUCAAACAACAGCACCAAACUCUUUAGUCAUGAAUCCUACGUCAAUGUUAGUAGAGAUGAAAAGCUUCAUUCCUUCUUCAUAUACUUUUGAAACAGAAAUCCAGAAGAUAAAGCAAGAACUUUUAACAAGUAAUUUAGACUGUAGUGCGAAAGAUGAAACAAAUGAACAGUAUCUUUAUGAAAUGCAGGAUAUUAUUGACCAUUUACCCAAACUACCUGAAAUCCAACAACAAAAACUCACUAUUCCUGAAUUCGACGAAAUAGAAGUGAAACCAACUGACUCAGUAGAAAUAAAGAAGUUCAUACGAAAGGUAAACUAUGAGUUUCUAGGAUUUCAUUGCAACCAUAAGGUUAUGGACAAAGAUUGCGAUAUGGUAUAUAAGAAUGUUUCUGACAUAUAUAAAUCUGAAGAAUUUAAGACCUACGACAACUUUGUUUCGUUAGUUGCUGAAUGUGUAUGGCAGAUAAGAGAUCAAGAUAGAAGAGGUAAGGUAUGGAACAAACAAAUAAGACCCGCUAUGUUUGAGAUGAAGAGAGCAAUUGACGCUUUAGUUGUUUUAGCAGGUAAGGUUUCAGAAUAUAACGCAAAAAUGAACCCGC